CGUACAUUGUUUCGUACGCAUGUUGCCAAGCACAUCAUCCUACCUGUCUGCCGUACACACUUAGUUUUCCAUUCAUUCAACAUUCUCCUACAUUUUAUUCCCCCUACUAGUAUCUGUUCUCAUAAUUCCUCGUUUCACCUACGGAGCUACUGUGACUAAACAAUCUCAUAACUAUGGCAGAAGAGGACGUCGCAACGAAAGCCCCCGAAAGUGAUGCUCAAGAGGACAUCAUCCCGGGGGAUACCCCAGCGCAGACUGGUCCAACGAUGGGCGAGCAUUGCACAAGCGACAGGCCGACUCCUACCGGCCUAACACCAAAGGGAGAAUUAAGGAAGCUUGGUGGAGUUGAUAUAUAUCUUUCCAAGCCAGAAUCCUACCCGACAAACCCUUCAAAGCUCCUCCUCCUCCUUUCCAGCGGCACCGGCGUAAAAUCGACGAACAAUCAGAUCCAGGCCGACAAGUUUGCGGAUGAAGGCUUUGUUGUUGUAAUGCCCGACCUGUUCGAUGGAAACCCUGCACCCAACUCUUCUCUGGCUUCCGAGGCUGAGGCACAGGGGACAUCAUUCCUUGACAAGAUCAAACUAAAGGCGGCUGAAAUUGCAAAGUCAUUCGUGAUCGAUGAAUGGCUAGCGCGUCAUACCGAAGAAAAGGUUCUGCCGAUACUCGAAAAGGUUAUCGACGCAUGCAAGAGCGAGUUCGCCGAUGCGGUGGGCAACGGAGGGGGCAUUUAUGCAGUAGGCUACUGUUUCGGUGGAAGAUAUGUCCUACUUCUAGCGAGUGAGCGCAGUCAGGUACAAACAGGUUGGAGCGGGGCUCAGAAGCCAUCUGACGAAGAAGCGGGCGAAGGGGCAACCCCAACAAAGGGCCCGUAUAUCAAGGCGGGCGCAUUGGCGCAUGCGACUCUAGUUUCUCCCGACGAUUUCCAAGGACUGAAAGUACCGGUAAGCUUAGUAUGCGUGGAAAGUGACCCUAUGUUCCCCGACGAAGUCCGCGAGACCGGAGAAAACAUAAUGUCCAAGGAGAAUGUGGAGCAUGAGGUUCAAGUUUACCCCGGCGUCCCUCAUGGCUUUGCUGUUAUCGGAGAUUACAACGACGGUAACAUCAAAAGCGCACAAGAAACUGCUUUUGACCAGAUGUUAAGAUGGAUCAAGGAACAUUAACGAUACGGGUUGCAAAUAAGUUUAGUCACAUGGCGUUGUCUGGAUAUUACCUUCAAGGUGGGAGGUAUGAUCAUGAUUUAGGUACUGGAA